GCUUUCAUCAGAAUAAACUCACAUCUCUGGAGCAGAGCGCGUCGCAUCCAGAGAUGGAAAACACCGAUCCGUUACGCGUGCGUGUCCCCGGCGAGCGCGAGGUCUGACCUCGCUGGAAAAAGCUUUUCCGUGACAAACUAGUGGAUGUUUCAACGAGGCAUGUGUUUGCAGCGCUGACUGUGAGCGGCCGGGGCGGAUGAAGCCGCGGCGGCGCCAUGCGUCCUCCCGCCCCGCUGCUGCUGCUGCUGCUGCUGCUCCUGGCCGCCGCCGGGGUCAGCGCCGCGGCCCCCGGCCUGGCCCCCGACCUGCUGGCCCCGGGCUGCCCGGACAGGUGCGUGUGCGACGACCAGCUGGUGGUGCAGUGCGCCGGGCAGCACCUCACCCGCUUCCCCGCAGACCUGCCGCUGGCCACCCGGCAGCUCAUCCUCUCCAACAACCGGCUGGCGGAGCUGCCGCCGCUGCAGCUCAACUACCUGUCCGACCUGGUGUACCUGGACUGCAGCAACAACUCCCUGCAGGACAUCUCCGAGUCUACAUUUGGGAAUUUACGCAAGCUGGCGUACUUGGACCUGUCCUUCAACGCCCUGACCCGGGUCGGGGACAGGACGUUCGGGCCCCUGGCCAGCCUGGUGAUGCUGAGGAUGACGGACAACCCGGGGCUGUGGGAGCUGCACGGGGACGCGCUGGCGGAGAACGAGGCGCUGCAGGUGCUGGACGUGAGCAGGAACAACCUGACCGGCCUGAACGUCAGCGCGCUGCGGGCGCUGCCCGCGCUGCGCUCCCUGGGGCUGGCCGGGAACCCCUGGAGCUGCGGCUGCGCCGGCCAGGACCUCGGCCUCUGGGUGGCCCUGGAGACAUACAAGUUCCAGGAUGAGGGCCAGACGGUGUGCGGCUCGCCCGCUGACAUGCAAGGCCUCCGCCUGGGAGAGAUGGGCAUCCAGUUACGGACGUUAUGUCACCAGACUCUGGGCUCCUGGGAUUACAUUUUCUUUGUUGUCAUUGGCUUUGUCAUUUUCGCCGCUGGCACCGUGUCAGCCUGGAUGAUGGGCAUCGUCAUGGUGCUGUACGAGCGCUACGUCAAGAAGAAAGACGAGCAGCUCGGCGCCGACAAUGACGAAGAAAGCAAUGAGCUGGUUCACAGGCCGAGAGCCAGAACAGACCGUGACAACCGGAGCUUAAUAACCUCACAUACUGUUUAAAGAAACUAAUCCCAGCCCACCCCCUCCUGUGGAGUCCCACAGUGCCUCCAUGACUGGAACCUAAGAGAGAGACUCCAUCAACCUGAGUCUGUUUAAAAGACUCAAGUCUCAGACCGGAAGUGGGAAUCAACAGAGAUGAGGAAUGUGUUUCUGCUCAUUUGUUCUUGCCUUUUAGGUGACGUUUCUACGGAAGAGUAUUAGGGCCAGGCAGGAGAAAAAUACAAAUAUUUUAGAGGAGGAAGAUUUUUUUUCAUUAUGCACUUCAAGAAAAAAGUCGAAAUGUCGAGAAAAAAGUUGAAAUGUCGAGAUUAAUGUUGAAAUACAAUUUCAAGAAAAAAGUCAAAAUUUCAUGAAUAAAGUUGAAAUGUUGAGAAAAAAGGCGAAAUUUCGACUUUAUUCUUGAAAUUGUAUUAUUCUAGACAUUUCGACUUUUGUGAAUAAAGUCGAAAUGUCGAGAAAAAAGUCAAAAUGUCGAGAUUAAUGUUGAAGUACAAUUUUGAGAAAAAAGUCGAAAUGUUGAGAAAAAAGUCAAAAUUUUGUGAAUAAAGUUGAAAUGUUGAGAAAAAAGUCAAAAUGUUGAGAAAAAAGUCGAAAUGCCGAGAAAAAAGUUGAAAU